CAAAAGAGUUGAAGAAAAAAAACCUGAGUACUGAUAAAGAUAUAUGUUGGUGCUAUGUUGUUUCUAACAGAGCAGAGGAACAGUGCUUAGAGAAGAAGCUGGUGGGAGAAUUCUUAAUCUAUCCGUCUGCUUCAUGGCUGCACGCCGGCUCUUCUGAAGAGAGAAGCAUGUCAGGAAACUAUGAAUGCCCCUUUUUCCUCUGGGGACUUCUAGCCUUCUUGGGCUUGGCUCUGGUUAUAUCGGUGAUCUUCAAUAUUUCCCACUAUGUAGAGAAGCGGCGACGAGAUAAAAUGAUGUACAGAUACCCUGAUGACUACAUUCCAAGAGUUGAUGAAUAUUAUGUCGAAGAUACUCCAAUUUAUGGUAACUUAAAUAAUAUAAUCCCAGAACCAAAGGACGAGGACUGCUAUGAACAAAUGAAAGCCAGACCACAAAAAUCUGCAGGUGACAUGCAGGAAGCCACUGCGUCUGCACAGGUACCUGUUGAAAAUCAGAUGUGCUAUGCCACACUGGAUCACAGCUUCAAGGGGAAACGCAGAAGGCCCAGGAAACAGAAUGCUAAUUUUUCCGACAGGGAGGAGGAUGCACAAGUUUGUGCAAUGGAUGCCAACAUUACUCAGAUCAAUUCUGUAGCAAGUUUCCCACCAGAUAACCAGGCGGUAGAGGAAAGUGUUCAUGAUGAUCCUGCAAGACUGUUUGGAUUGAUCCGUGCCAAGAGAGAGCCUGCAGUCUAGCUGGAUGAUGACCCAGCUCACUGAUAAUGCCCCUAUCAGAGAUGGUUAAGAAAACAGGAUCCUCAUGUGACGAACAAUGACUGGCAGGAUAACAGUCUGCUUAUUCGUCGAUGGGAUGGUAUCUUCCUUUUUCUCCAGAAAUUGUACCUCCACACACUAAACCUAAUACCAUUAAAAUUAGCUACAUGAAUUCAGUUUAAUAAUACCCAAGUAGAAAAAGUAAAACAAGAAAAUCCAGUUUACAAAUUAAAUUACUUGAUAACAAAGUCAAAAUAUAUAGUAAUACCUAGGAAUUUUUAAAAAAUGUAAAGUGCAUAUGUGCCCUAGAACAUGUUGAAUGGAAGAUAAAAGCCAAUGACUUAAAAUAUUAAUCAAACAUUUCCUCUUUCAUCAAUGUGAAAUAAUUAGAAGUUUCAAUAAUUUCUAAUAAUUGAAUGUACAUUGCAAAGAAAAGCAGAAUAAUCUUGAGGAGUAUUUUUCCAAGAUGUAAAUAGCAAAAUUAGUUUUAAAAUUACUAUAAAAAUAAAUACAUGCUCCUUACAACAAUACAAAAAAAGCUUAGAAAUUCUACUGCCAGAGAUAAUUAAUAUGAAUAACUUUCUGCAUGCAUUUGAGGAUAUUUUACUGGACAUAACCAGGUAUAUAUACCAGUUGUUCCUUCUUUCUUUUUUAACUUAAAAGUAGAGGAUUACAGAUGUUAUUUAAAUUUUCUUCAUGUAUCAAGAUACUAUGGCUUUAUUUCUAUUACAUUUAACUAUAUCAAAUAUAUUGUUUUGUCUUUGGUGAUGCUGGGGAACAAACAUAGGAUCUUUCACAUGAAAGGCAAGUGUUCUACCACUGAGCUUCCUCCCAAGUUCUAUCUCAUAACUUUAAUGCCUUCAUUGUAUCUCGUUCAUGAUUAAAUCAGAGUCUGUCUAAAUAAUUCUGUAGACUACUUAAAUUCAUUCAAGUUUCUAUUUUAUGUGUUCAUAAAUAAUAUUUUAAUGAGGAUAUUCCAAGACAUAUCUGGGUACUUCUCUAGUUUCUUCUUUGUGUUAAGUGCCUGAAAGGAAAUUAAAUAUUUAAAGAGAUGUGUUCAUAUUAUUAAUCUCCAGGAGACAGAUCUCCAAAAGGCCAGAAUUCCGGUCAAAAAUACACAUACAGUUUAAAUUCUAGAGGAUUAUCCCACAUUGUCUCCUAAACAGUUAACUCAGUAAAUUCCAGCUUAGGGUGAAGAUGCUCAGCUGUGAUCACAGUAUGCAGGAGAUGGAGGCAGGAAGAGCCCUAUGAUUUCCAGGCCUUCUGGUCCUGAGGAGAGAAUUUCUUAUCAUCUUGAGCUAAAAGUGAAAACAUGUUUCAAAAAAGAAAACUAUCAGAAAUAAAAUAACUUCUGCUGUCCUCCUUUGAGAAAGGAAGCUUAUUGGUAGUUUAUAAUAAGCAUAUUUAACUUAUCAUUAUAUGUAUUUUAAAAGGCUACUUCGGCAGAGUAACUUGUGUUGUUUUUUUGUUGUUGUUGUUUUCUUUAUGGCUGUUUUUGAUAUAGUUAUAUAAUUGCCCUUUCCCUUUUCUAAAACCUUCCCAUGUGUUCCUUCUUGCUUUCUGUCAGUGACCUCUUUUUCUUUAAUUGUUGUUACAUAUAUGUAUUGUAUAAUGGGAAAGUGCUAUGUGGAGAAGACCAUUUCUCCUACUCUGUACAUUCCCCAGAUGCUGAUAGUUCUUUGUCUAGAGUUGAGGUCCUGCAAGCUUUUGCUCCCUCCAUGUUGGUAUGUCCAUUGGCAUCCUCAUUGUUCAGAUCUUGUUUAGCUAGUUAUGUUGAGGAGACUUCAUAGGUGGAGACUCUCUGAUGUCACACACUUUUAUUUAAAUUACCAUUUAAAAAUUAAAAUAAUAAAAAGUGCGUUCAUAAUUUUCCAUGUAAUUAGAAUGUCUAGACUUCUGCCAUUCUUUGUAUCAAUGCAGAAUUCUGUCUGGUACCCUACAUUCCAGCUUAAAGGACUUCUUGAGCUAUUUUUGCAGUCCAGGCCAAUGAGUGAAAAAGCUUCCUCCGCAUGUUGUGCAUCUGAAAAAGGCCAUUGUUUAAAUCUUUAGAGAUAUUGUCUCUGGGUAAAUAAGUCCCAAGGUUGGGUUGACUAUGCUUCUUUGAACAAUCUGUACUGUUCCUUGUUUGGGCACAUGGAUGCCAUCCAAAAAUUUCCUUAUACCCUUGGUUUUAAACUGUGUGGCUUCCCAAAUCAAAGCUGCUGGGUUUGAAAUAUCAUUUUGAGUAUAAUUUUCUUUCAAGGUUAAAUCAUCCUUCUAGAUUUGACAAGCAGAACAAACAGUACGUGUCCCCAUCUGAACACAUGGAUUUAUUUCUCACCUAAUAAAUAGUGAAUUUCAA